AUGCAUCAACAACCCCGUCACCCCCCGCGGGUGGCCUCUCCCGCUUCCUCUCCUCAAACAAACCCUGCACGGACAAACAACCCCAGGGAUCGGCCCCGCAGCAGCCUAGACAUCACCACUCGUCGCGAUGGUCUCGAUACGAACGGCUCUGAAACGCCCGCGCCCGGUCCGAGCCGGGAGUCUAUCAAGAAGUUGGACCAGAUCAUCCAGAACUUCUACUACAAGGCGGCCGUCUUGAUCCUUCAGUCGCGGCUUAACCUGACCCCGGCUGUCGCGAGGAACAGCGACGGGAGGAAGUUGAAUAAAUGGUUCUCGAUCGACACGGACGAUAUCGAGGAGUUCAAGGAGGAGCUGCGAGUGUACAGGACGUGCAGCGCCUUUGACAACCCCCCUCCUCCCAUGAUCGUCGAGACCUAUAUCGAUGCCUCCAGCAUCUCGAGCAGCCAGAGCCUCGUGCUUAUUGAUGAAAACGGCAAGCGAUGGGAUGUCCUGGAAGCUCUGAACUCGUCAGAGACGCCCGAUGAUAGUCCCAGGAGACGUCGGGGUCAGAGACGCAGUGCCGAGGUGGUCUUGGAGCGCUGGCGCGUCGAACUUAGGUGCUUGCCCAACAUCGACCGAGAUGAGUUUGGGCCUAGCUUGCCUGCUAUCUACAAACGGGCUAUUGUUUACUUCCGGGCUCUCUUCAUGAUGACCCGGAUGAUGCCGUGCUGGAAAUAUUCACAGCAAGCCUUGGCGAAGGGCAUCCAUCCCGCGCUCGAGGUGAAGUGUCGUAUCCUGACCACAGAGCCCGAGUACACGAGCUAUGACCCCCUACGGAUCCCCCUCCACGAUGGGGGAGAACCCGUCACCGAAUACUUCUUCCCCGAUCUAGAGGUGCCAAUUGGUCGGUUUUACUCAUCUGUCACGUAUCGCAACGACGUCAACUUUCGGGUAGACGACGCAGAGUCUCUGCUCAGCUCACGCUUCAUGGGCGCCGAUGAUGCAUUGUUCAAGCCGUCAAUUGCCUCAAGGCGCGAUCAUGCAGUCGCACUGGAUUCGUUCGCUGAGCCGGGUUCUCUCCCUUCUCGAAACCAGGGACGCGGCGUCCCAGAGCCGCAGCAGACAUACGGUAGUUUGUCGACAUUCCACGGUCCCGGAGCAUACGGUGCCAGCCCCAUCACAGCCCUCCGAUCUGUGCGUCCUCCGGGGUCGGAUACCAGCUCUCCAACGGCAUCCACGUCAACGAGCAUGGAGCAGCCGGAGCCGCCUCAUUCACUACCUAUUCGUGGUGCCACGGCUCGUCCGUCGCUGAGAACGUAUGAACCGAGCAGGCGCCCGUCAGUGUCGUUCCAGCCGUUCAAAGCUGGAUCGCUUUCAGGGUCUCCCAGAAUCUCCGAGGGCGAAGUGCCGCCCUCUCCUCAGUCUUAUACACGUCCUGGGCUCAGCGGACCCUCGCGAACAGGGGCUCGGUCGUCACUGACAGCCGGCUCGGCGGCAUCAUUGCGCGGUCCUCCUGUCGCACCGCCACAAGAUGUGCCGUCAGUUACAGGAUCUCCGAGACCCCCAAGUCGGUACAGCAGCAGCUUUGGGCAUCGACGGGGGCGACCCAGCUUUGGGGGACAGAGCCUCAAAGGUGACGAUGACCAAGCUAGCAGCGGGAAACAGAGUCUCUCCUCAUCGGCUCAACCAGGUUCGGGGUUCUUGGCAGAACUUGGAGGCGUUGGCAGUUCAGGGUCCUUUGCAGCGGACGAUGACAAUAUCUCUGAGUUCUUGAAGGCUCUUGAGAGCCGCAAGACUCUUAAAAGCUUCGAACCGUCCAGAGCUGGCGAGGCGACUGCCUCAAAGAGGACAGCUGCCCAGCUUUCAAAGUUCAUCCUCUUGCGCGAUUCGCAUGCCGCCCUGACCGACUCGAUGGCAUCAAGCAUGUAUUUACAACGUCCGUCGACAACCUCCUCUAGCCGGCAGAUCACUCCUGUGCCUGCCAUGAAUCCUUCUACUUUGUCCGUCUCGUCCUCCCCUGGCAAACCCGUCUCCCCGCAUACGCCCCACAUGCCAGCCAUCCCGUCCCGCCUGAGCGAAAACUCUAUUAUCGAUUACGAAGCCGAAGCCCGGCAGACGACCCGCCAUCGCGGCACGCCUAACAUUGCGACCACCGAAGAAGAGGAGCCGCCGUCAGAAGAAACCUCCAACAGCGAGACCCCGUUCGCCACACAACGCGACGACCGUUCUGUCGCUUCACCUGCUGGAACCGGCACCGCUACAACUGCUGCCAUUGAUAUCCCCAUGUCGCCGCGCCUGCUGCAAGUCAGUGCUGCCGGUAAUCGACGGGCCAGUUCGGUGGCUCAUCAGCAGCAUCGCUCGCUGCUGGCUGAUUUGGAUGAUUUUUCUGGGGCGAGACAUCAACGGAGUGCUAGUGUGGAGGAUGCGUCGCUGGGGAGGCGUGAGGUUCCGAGUUUGAGUGCCUUGCUGGCUUUUCAGCGAGGAGGAGAGAGGAUCGGAGCUGAUUCCCGGCCUGCUGGCGAGGCUGGAGAAGACGCUCAGCAACAGGCGGGUAAUAGCCAGGUUCGCUCGGAAGGCGCAGAGGGAUCGGAGAGCAGAGAUAUCAAGAGCAAGCAGCGCUCUGGCGUGUCAGGGCGGUUUGCCGGAGGGAGCAGUGUCGAGGGGGAUGAGGAGCCGCUUUUGUUUGCCAUGAGCGAGUUAGAGAGGGAGUCGAGACGCAGUUUGGAAGAGGGACGGCAGCCAUCGCCGUCGAACGAAGGACAAGCUGGUAGUGGCCGUGAUUUGCUUACUACUGGUGGUGCUGCUCCUCGGAGUGGAACACCAGCUGGUGGACGAGAGAAGCCGUAUGAGCCGAGGGGGAUUUUGAGGAAGGGCUGGUAA